AUGGAGAAUGAGCUGAAUGAUCAGUUGUUCCUUGCUGGUGAUGCUGAGUACUCGAGAACUCUCAAUACCUACUAUUCUGGCGAAAGCAGUGAUAUGAAAUCGCAGUGCAUUCUGCAGCCUGAGACAACUGAGCAAUCCGUGGCGAUCAGUGCAGGAGGGCAUUCAAACUUCCCCGCUAGCAACACAAACUCUGGUGUAACGAUCGAUCUCGCCAACCUGAAAACAAUUAGCCUCGAAGGUAAUGAAACUGUGUCAGUUGGCGGCGGCAAUCGAUGGGGCGACGUGUAUCGCUUUCUUGAGCCCAAGGGUCUCAUGACCGCGGGUGGUCGUGAGAACACAGUCGGCGUGAGCGGAGUUCUUCUUGGAGGCGGCUUUUCGUGGUUCUCUGGUGAAGUUGGGUUCGCUGCAGACAAUGUCGCUGAGUAUGAGGCAAGAAUCAUCUCCGACCCCAUACGCGUGUUGGACGCUUACUUUGUGCCCCAUAGAUCGUUCUGGCCAGCAGCAGUGUUAUCAGGGCCAGCCGAAACGAGAACUCUGACCUGUUCAAGGCUCUGA